AUGACAAUGUCGACGUCCGUGUCUGAAGAACCGGCUCAUCACCCUGUCAAGCGUGCGCUCGCACCAUGGAAACUUACGGCUGAGGUGUACAUGCUCUUCAUGACGCUGAAGGAGUUGCCCGAAAAUGUGCAUGAUGAGUUGGAAGGCGAGGCUGGAGGGUGGAAUGGCGAGGAGAAGGGAACGUUCAAGGAGGGCUUGGGGAGUGUGAUGGUCGUUAGGUAUAGGGAGACGCCUGUAGGUCCCUAUGACGAACUUCUCCUCGUCCCCGGAAACUUCAUCGUCCCGCAGCCCACUAGUACUACCUCAUCGCACUUGCAUAUCAAGAUCCCUAAGAAAGCCCAACGCAUAUCCCGCAUCUACGUCUCCCAACGCACAACAACCUAUAAUGGCCGCCUAAACUGGAAUAUACCCAAACACCUCGCUCGCUUCUCCUUCUCUUCGCCACCCACGCCACCUGGUGCCUCGCCCCCCUCCAGCCUCACCGUGCAAGUCUUCCCCCCAGGCACUGAAGAUGGGGAUGGCGGCGCCCCAUUCUUUGCUUGUACGCUCAAGCCGUGGACGUGGGUUCCACCCAUUCCGCUAAACACAAAGUAUCUUCCGCUUAGCAUGGCGGCCGCGCAGCCGCCAUUGCCUGCUGCACCAGGGUAUGAGAGGGCGCUUAGCGAGGUUCUAGGGGGAGCAGAGGUGGACGAGUAUGAUUUAGAUCCGAAGAAAGAAGGUGCCGUGCUGGUGGGCACGGAGAAGUGGCGGGCGUUUGAUAUCGCGGCGAUUACGCCGAGAGCGAGGGGGUGUUGGGUUGAGGUUCAUGAGAAGAAAAACGAGGAGGUGGUUGAAGAGGGUGGAAAAGAGUGGUGGCCGAGGAAUUUAGGGUCGUGGAGUGUUGGGGCUUGGAUGGAGGAUGUGGAUUGGAGAUUGGGGGAGGUCGUGGAGUGGACGGUUCGCACAGAGAUCUCCACCUCCGUACGCAUAUCUGUCAGUGCUCGGUUCGGACACAUGUGGAUGUUGCUCAUUCUUUCAACCACCACAAUUCUCAUCAUGAUGCUUCUUCCGGUCUCAUACGACCUUGGCUGGACAGCUAAGCUCCUCCGUCGCGACUUACGAGUCUUCCGAAUGAAGCUCACCACGAGACUGAAGCUCAAGUCCAAGCCUGGCGAGGCCGCCAAAGACACCUCGGAGCCGAAAAGUCUUCACUACAAGAAUCCAUCGCCGAUCAAUGUCAGUGAAGCCACUGCAUACUCCAGACCGCAAGGAGACGUUUUAGACGACGAACCAGAGACCAACAGCGAAAAGUGCAACAAUACCCUCUACGAACUCUUGGAAGGCAGACUCAGAGCUACGUAUGCGUCUCGCAACCGCGAUGUAUCACACCAAGACCGCUGGAGGUUCCGCGGUAGUUGGCUACUGUUAUACAAGGCCAUCCAAGCAUGCGCCUCGAAUGACAGCUGCGAUAUCCUUCGCGCGUGCGCACAAGAUACAAACGAGAAAAGGUUGCUGCUGGAGAUGCUGCAACUGAACACGAACCACAAUAGACUGCCUUUCCACGAGGUCAGCAAAAUGCCUGCUGCACCCUACACCAAGCAAGACAGCGACCAUAGCCGUUAUGAUUCCAUGCUUAGCAACGCUACCACACUCACACCCACGCCCUCGCCCGCGCAGAUCUGGUUGUCCAUCCUCGAAGCCACAAAUGACGCCGAAAAGAUCGCGCCUAUGGCUCAAGAGCUUCUACAGCAUAUAUGGUUAGGGAAUAAAGUUGUCGACAUCAUUGAGCAGAUCGGAGACCCCCACAAGAAGUUCCCCGACGCCGACGACGCUGAGCUCUGUGUCAAAUUCCGACAGUUGCUAUCACGCGCAUUGUUACACAUAUUCAUCCUCUUCCCCAAUACGAACACAACAGGUCGUAUGAGCAGCGAACCAAAAGGCAGCACGCCAGGAUCAAUUAACCCACACUGCAAUCUGACUAGAGUCAACACUUACCCUCACGCCGAAUUUACUAUUCCACCAUCGGACACACUUUCGCCAUGCCAAAGUGCCCAAACUCACAACGCCGAUGCCCCGGCAUCGGCCAGCUUCAAGGCGAAUCGCCCAAGCAACACUGCAACUGGAGAUGAGAAAGCUCACCGACCUCAUGAUGAGGAAUCUCGAUCAACCUCUAUCGCCAAUGACCAAGUAACCUAUCCUGAAGGCGGCCUAGGUGCCUGGUCUGUCGUUCUGGGAUCGUUCCUUGGUCUCGUCGCCUCGCUGGGCAUGAUGAACACGGUCGGCAUCUACCAUGCCUACAUUGCCGAGCACUAUCUUGCGGAUUACUCCGAGUCGACCGUCUCAUGGAUCUUCAGCAUGUACGUCUUCCUGUCGUUCUUCUGCGGACUACAAAUUGGACCCAUCUUCGAUGCCCAUGGUCCGCGACUCCUGGUGCUGGCAGGUAGCAUCCUGAUCUGCCUGUCCAACUUCCUGCUCGGCUUGUGCACAUUGUACUGGCAUUUCUUUCUCGUCUUUGGCGUGCUCGGUGGUCUCGGUACAUCCUUGAUCUUCACGCCCGCUUUUGCAGCAGUCAGCCACUUCUUCCUGCAGAAGCGCGGCAACGCAACGGGUAUUGCUGCUGCUGGAGGAUCGCUGGGCGGAGUGAUAUUCCCGUUGGCUUUGGAGAAACUGCUACCGAAUGUGGGCUUCCCGUGGGCGACUCGCAUCAUUGGCUUCAUUACGCUUUUCUGCUGCGUCGGCGCCUGCUUCCUCAUCCGCUCUCGCCUACCACCCAAAGCUGGACAGUCAGUAUGGCCAGACUUCCGGAUCUUCAGUCAAAAGAGCUACUUUCUCCUGACCGUCGGCAUAUUCAUGAUGGAAUGGGCACUCUUCAUCCCGAUUACGUACCUCACUACCUUCGCGAUCAGCACCGGCGCCUUUGGCCCGUCGUUCUCAUACCAACUCAUCGCCAUCUUUAACGCAGGAAGUUGUCUCGGUCGCUGGGUGCCGGGUCUCCUAGCCGACAAGCUCGGGCGCUUUAACAGUAUGAUAGCUGCACUAGCAGUCUGCUCAGCUACAUCACUGGUGUUCUGGCUCCCCGCAUCGCUCCUCACCCCCACCACUGAGGCCGAGGCGACAGCUAUAAAAGCUCUCUCUAUUGUUUACGCAGUCAUCUUCGGUUUCGCAUCUGGCUCGAAUAUUUCCCUCACGCCGGUUUGUGUAGGCCAGCUCUGCGAUACGAAUGUGUACGGGAGAUACUACGCUACGUGCUAUACUGUUGUCAGCUUCAGUACGCUCACGGGUAUCCCUAUCGCGGGGGCUAUCAUUCAGGCUACAGGUGGGCACUACUGGGGUGUGGUCAUCUGGACUGCAGCUUGCUAUAUAGUGGCAUCGCUCUGCUUCGUGUGGAGUCGCGCACUCCAAGUUGGCUGGAAGUUGGGUGUAAAGUUUUGA